AUGACGUUUGUCAAUGAUAGCGUGAAUGAUAACGGCAAUCAGAAUAUAGAAAAUAUUAUCAACAUUCAUGAAGAAGUUGAAGUUGAUAAGAAUCAUUCAAGUGAGCCAACUACAAUGAAUGAAACAUUAGCAUUGUUGUUAGAAAUGGAAGAUCAGUUGAAUAAAAUAGACAGGGAUUUGGAGAAGAGUGAAAAAAGUUCUAUGAACGAACAAGUUGCGAGAGAAACAUUAAAUAGGCCUCCUCCAUAUUACUCACUGACCAGUCCAUGUUUACCACCUACUAGCCCUCAAGAAGAAGACUGGUCUCUAGAACUACCACCAUCUUUUGAUGGACAUCCACCAUAUCCAGCUGGUUUGUACACUUUUUGA